CAAGUGUUUGUUGAAACCUUCUCUUCCGCAUUAACCCCCCCACACACACACCUCCACAGCACUUUUCCCUCUCCCAUCUAUCAAUCCUCAUCGCUAUCUUCAUUCCUUUUCUUCCCCUUUUCCUCCAUCCCAUGUUCAAUUUUUCUCUCUCCUUUUCUUAUUAGCUCAACCCCCAUUUUGAUCCCUCAAUCUGCCCCCAUUUCCUUUUUCUUUCUUUCCUUUUUUUUUUAUCACCCAUUCACCACAACCUCCAUUCCUAAUCAAACCCAAAUCCUUAGUCCCAGACAUUUAUUUUUUUGUUUUUUGAUCUUUCUUUUGGUGGGUUUGUUUAAAAAGGGCCAAAAAGAUUACAAAGAAAGGAAUUAUGGUUUUUAGGGCGGUGGUGUUGGGAUUGGUUUGAAAGAAGGAGAUGGAAAGUGGGGUUAUGGUCAUGAAACAGUUCUCGAUUUCCUUCAAUUCCUCAUUCUCAAUAUCAUCGAGUUCAUUGGAUCUCGAUGUUGUUAAUUUCGGAUGUCGAUCCCGAUACCAUACGCGAUCGGCAUUCGAUUCCUAUGCCAUUGCUGCAGAGGCCUUUUCCGAACAUUCCUUAAUCGGAAAACUUCUUUGAUCCAGUUUUGGACUGAUUCUUUUUACUUUCCAUAUCUCCUCUUCCUCCUCCUCGUAUCUUCUUCUGUUCGUUUAUUCACCAGAAUGAAUUACGGUGCUGGGUUAGCAUUGCCUCAUUCUGGUAAUGGAAAUGGUUUUGUGUUUCCUGUAAAUAAUAUCAAAGACGGUUUGCUUGCUGGUAGUGCUGAGCCUCCUGACCCCGAGGCCGACUAUGUCGAGAAGGACCCCGGAGCCCGCUACUUUCGGGUAAUUCCAUUGCAGUUCACGCCCGAAAUUUUUGCAAUGUCGUAUUGAUUCAACGUCAUUUAUUGAAUUGUUUAGUUCAUGAAUUUGUGAUCCAAGAACCUGUCAGGGUUGUAUUGAAGCUGCAGCUAUAGUCAGAUAUUUAUGACUCCAACAUCAUCGAAUUGAGCUACCAGCUCAUGCCCAUGAUGUAAUUAAUUGUGGCUGAAUGUUCUCUUUUUCCACUUUCAAUCUGAAAAAAACGAAUUACAUGGUAGCAAUUAUUUGCUUCUUCGUCAUUGAUUUAUGGCAUAGAUUUUUACAUGAAAUCGAUACUGCAUUGUUUGUUGGUUUAGAAAAUUUUACAAUAUUGUGUAAUGGGUUGUCAGGCUGAAAUUUGGCUGUUCUUUUGUUUUGGCUGCUACCAAAAUGAUAGUUUACAUUUCUUUUUUCGAGUCUUCUAGGUAAACAAGCAAUCAACUAUUGGAAACAUCGGGUUUGGUUUGAUUCUGCUAUUAUACGUUUACCAUGAGAAUUAUCAUUCUCAAUUUUUAUUGUUAUUUCUUUUUGAUUCAUCUCUCUCUCUCUCUCUUUUUUUCAUCUUCUGCAGUACAGUGAAGUCUUGGGCAAGGGUGCAUUCAAGACUGUCUACAAGGCAUUUGACCAACUUGAUGGGGUUGAAGUUGCCUGGAACCGGGUGAAGAUUGAUGAUGUGUUGCGGUCACCAGAAGAUUUGGAAAAAUUGUAUUCUGAAGUUCAUCUUCUUAGACAGAUGAAACAUGAAAAUAUCAUCAAGUUCCAUGAUUCAUGGAUUGAUGAUAAGAAGAAGACUGUUAACAUGAUCACUGAGCUCUUCACAUCUGGGAGUCUGAGGCAAUAUCGCAAGAAGCAUAGAAGUGUUGAUAUGAAGGCAAUAAAGAACUGGGCAAGACAGAUUCUCCGAGGUCUAGACUAUCUUCAUAGUCAAAACCCACCUGUUGUUCACAGGGACUUGAAAUGUGACAAUAUUUUUGUCAAUGGAAAUCAUGGACAAGUUAAAAUUGGAGACCUUGGAUUGGCAACUGUUAUGCAGCAGCCUACUGCUAAGAGUGUUAUUGGGACCCCCGAAUUCAUGGCUCCGGAGCUUUAUGAAGAGGAAUACAAUGAACUAGUUGAUAUAUAUUCCUUUGGGAUGUGCAUGCUGGAAAUGGUUACGUUGGAGUAUCCUUAUAGUGAGUGCAAGAAUCCUGCUCAAAUUUAUAAGAAAGUUACCUCUGGCGUUAAACCUGCUUCCCUUGGCAAGGUGAGCGAUCCCAAAGUCAAGGAAUUCAUUGAGAAAUGUCUGGUUCCAGCAUCUGAAAGAUUAGCUGCCAAGGACCUUCUUAAAGAUCCAUUUCUUCAAUCUGACAAUUUGAAGGAGCCCAUUCGCGAUUCCCUUCAGUUACCUAAACAACUUCCUAGAUCAUUAAGUUUGUUGAACAGUGGGCCUCUUUCCAUGGAUAUAGAUCCUGAGUACAACCACUCCGUCUGCACAGAUUCCAUAUGCGGAAGCCCGAAUUCUCCAGCUCUGGAAUUUCAGAGGAUGCAUCAUAAUAAUGAAUUUAGGUUGAGGGGGAGAAAAAAUGAUGACAACUCAAUAUCACUGACCUUGCGCAUUGCUGACCCUUCUGGCCGAGUAAGGAAUAUACACUUCCUCUUCUACCUUGAUACUGACACAGCACUGUUGGUUGCUGGUGAGAUGGUUGAACAGCUGGAGUUGGCAGAUCAUGACGUAGCUUUUAUUGCUGAGUUUAUUGAUUACUUAAUAAAGAGGAUUCUCCCUGGUUGGAAACCUUCAUCUGAUUAUCACUCCAGUGGAGGGAUAAGUACAUAUGAAGGGCCUCCUGCAAAUGACUUAUCCUCAAUGGCGAAUCAGUGGGAUAUAGUCCUAAACAGUGGUCCUACCAAGUCAUUGGUUGAGCAAGAUCUCUGUGAAUUUAAUCCAUGUCCUGGAGAAGUUUGUCUGCAAUCUGAUGAAAGUUACUUGUUUGUGAAUUCUGAUUGUGUCUCUCCUCAUGGUGCAUUGAAUACUCCUCCAAGUUUGGCAAACUCAGAAGAUAAAGAGUCACAAUCAUCAGUUGCUUCUGAAUUAAUGGGUGAAGAUGCUUCUACGAGGAAUGAGACAAUGGCUGGAUGUGUUGAACAUGGUACUGAUGGAGUAUCAAAAGGUUCUAGUGGACAUAUCUCUGAGGUGGAGUUCAAUGAUUUCUGUUAUGAGGAGUACAAAAUGCAGGGAGAUAAUAGCGGUGGUGUAGAAUGCAUAUCAGUGAACAAAUUUGCAAAGAACUCAGAAUUUCCUCCUGCAAAUUUGAAAGGAGCAUCUAAAGUUAUGAGCUUGACAAGCAGCUGUUCAUCUUUGUCCUUAUCAGAGAAAGAUCAGUACAUGGACCUAAAAUUGGAGCUCAAUGCUAUUGAAGCACAGUAUCAACAAUGGUUUCAAGAACUCUCAAGAAUGAGGGAAGAAGCCAUGGAGGCCACUAGGAAGAGAUGGAUGACGAAAAAGAAGCUGGUUGUUCAUUAAAUAAGAGCUGUUGAACAUUUCAUUUUUAGGUCCCAAAUUUUUUCUAUGCUGUUCCAAAUUUCCAUAUAGAUUUUAAUUUAUCACUUGAAUUUCUAUCGUAUUCAUAUAUUAUUUGAAUGUGUAUUGGAUGCGGCUUGCUUCUGCAGAAGUAAGGAUCUCUUCAAUGAUCUAUUCGGACUCCAUUCUUUAUUUGAGGGCAGAAGAAUACGUUGGAG